GUAGGCGCACCAACGUGCGAGUGCACUUGUAGACCAGCCUCAUCUUCCGAGUUUUGCCAAGAUGAGCGGGCAUCACACCCUGGCGAGCACCAAGGUGCACACCACGCGCCUGGCGUCCAGCGGCCGCAACAUGCCGGCCAAGGCACAGAACAUGCAGAACCUGCAGAACGUGCUGGCGGCCGCCAAAAAGAACAAGCCGGCAACAAGAGUGGAGAACGCGCGGAUGCUCCGGGCCAAGUUCACGGAGCUCCAGGACUCACCAGACGGAGCCGACUUGGACCCCCUCACCAUCCCCAAGUGCGUAGAGUGUGCGCACUGUGGCUGGCCUGUCUAUCCUCGGGAGUGCAAGGUGGCCACCAAGAAGACCUUUGCCCGGGCUGGGAUAGAUCGCGGCUCCAAGAAGGAGGAGGAGGCCAAGCGCCGAGCGGCCAUCCAGAAAGCGCUGGACGCCGGCGAGGAGAUCCCGCCAGAGCUUCUGAAGCAAGAAGGUGGAGGGCCAGCUGCCAGCGAGGCAGACAGUAGGGACACGGUGGAGAGGAUGGCCGACCAGCUGCAGGAGCUCGAGGACAAGAACCAAGAGCUGGAAAAAAGACUAGAGGACAUGGAAAACCAGUCCAAGUCGCUGGUGGAUGAGCGAGACAAGCUACAGGAAGAUUUGGACGAUGCAACCGACAAGAUAGAAUACAUGGAGGAAGCCGAGGAGAGGUGGCGAGACAAGGUUGCCAAGGCCAGGAUCGAGAACGAUCGCAUCUUGCAGGACUUGGAGCGCGCCAGCUUUGUGAGCUCCGACAGAGAGGGGGGCCUCAUCGCCUCUCUGCUGGACGCGAGGCAGCUCCGCGAGGUCAUCGCUGUUAUGAAGCGGCGGAGGGCGUUCAUGCUGGCCAACAUGCAGGAGGAGUUGCGGAAGCGACAAGAAGACGAUGAGAGGAAGACUGUCCUGAAUUCCUGGAAGAUUCGCAUCAUGAAGGAUGCCUUUCAGAAAGAGCUGGACGACCUGGACGUGCGGCGGCGGAAGGAGGUCCGAGAGCUACAAGAACAGCUUCUCACCGACAGGACUCACAUCACGGCGCUCCAGGUCCAUGUGGAGCAGCUGAGGGGCAAGCUGCGGCAAGCGGCCCACCGCAUGGUGGAGCGGUCGAUGAGCUCCAAAGUUUGGCCUUUUGCCCAGAGCCACGCGCUCCGGGCCUGGUGCGGCAUCCAUCCCAGCGUGGUGCUGGAGAAUGAGCUGGAAAGGACCAGGAAGAAGCUGCAGGAGACAGAGGAUGCUCUGGAUGAAGCCAACCAACGCGUGGAAGCGCUCAAAGUGGAGCUGGAGCAGACUACCACGGAGAGGGACGCCUUGCUCCAGAGGAUCGAGGCCGUGCUCGCGGAGAUGGAAUACAUCAAGGAGGAAGCAGGACUGGACGAAGACUCCAUUGCCAGAAAGAAGGCUGCGGUGAAAGCUCAUGAGGAUGAGUGGAAUCGCAGACUCAAGGAGGUGCAAGACAAGUUGGACGAGCUCCAAGAACUAUAUGACACCGAGACGGAGACCCUGGCGAAGCAGCUCAAGGCAACUCAGUCGAAGCUCGCCAUCACCCAAGACGCCCUGAACGCCACUUCCAUGCGCCCGGGCAGCGGGGCAGACCCGGAUGCCUUCCGGGUGGUGCCCAAUGGCCAGGGCAUACUCUGCUGCGGCUGUCUCAAGCAGAUUGUCCUCCGGGACGUCACGCCCUUGCCGCCGAAAGGCGCCAUGACCGCCUCCGCCCCAGACCUCGAGGAGGCAAGAAGAGCGUUCUUCAAGAAGGGCCUGGGGGGCCGUCUUCAACAGGAUGACAAGUUCCAGAACAUGCUCUGGAACGACGCGAAAGACCCCUACCGGCUGUCCAAGCUUGUGGCCGAGCCGGAGUUUCAGGUCAUUCGCGAUCCCAGCCCGAAGGCCGCGGAUGCCACGCCGCGCGCAGGCGCAGCGCCAACUUCAGGCCUCCCGGCCCUGAAGACGAAAGGAUUGGCUUCCCUGAAGAGCUCCAGCCGAGAUUUCAGGCCCCGAGUCUUCAGAUAGCGAGCGCGGUGCGGCCGCGGCCACGGGGUCACAAAUUCUGACAGCCUCUGCAGGAUGCAUGUUCGUAGAUAGCUGUUUCACGACCAUGUUUCAUUUGUGCCCUGUAACGGGGAAUAUAAUUCUCGUGUUUUUGAGUGCGUGGUGUUGGCCUCUACAUGUGUAGCGUGAUGCUGUGUCGGGUUCCUCUAAGAGGAAACCCGAUAACAGAACACUUUGGAGUCGGCGAUCAUGGUUCACGACCUGUGAUGUCCGUGUUAACGCCCAGUAUGAUGCGCCCGUUCCACUGGCAAGUCUUCAGCUGCAAAUGCAGCUUGCAGGUUAUGCCGUUUUGGCAAAAGGACACGUUUGUGAUUGACCUGCGUUUUUCUUGGAGCAUGGAAAGCGCUUGAGAGUAUGGCAUGGACUUUUGGAUUGAGCGAGGACAUACCGCAUUCAAUUCAUGGAGUGCAUUGCUGCAUUGCUGAGUGCAUGCCUGCAUUGGUUGGCUUGGCAGCUCUUCAAUCCAACCCAAGGUGUUUUAUUGGUUUCAGUGCGGCAUUGCGUUG